UUUAAAAUGCCUUUACUUUUCAGUAUGGCUGCAUUGCGUCAGUGCAGUAGGUGGCGGUAAGGCGCCAUCAAGCUGGUUUGCCAACCAAAGAAGAAGUCGAAGAAUGACGUCAGUUACACGCGACUCGGCCACCGGCGAGGAAACGCGUGCUCGGUUUCGCGAAGUACGACAAGACGAGCGAGCAGUCGUCGAAGCCCCCGCGACAUGGGCGACAGCAGCCGACCGUGCACCGUGUGGCUGGGCUCGGAGACGGGCAUCCUGAAGGGCGUCAGCGUGUCCCGCAGACAAGCCUUCAACUUCGGCGACAGCUCGCAGCUGAGCCGCCAGCACGAGGUCCGGGCGCUGUGCUGGGCCGACGCGGCCGAGAGCGAGCUGCUGGUCGCCGCCGCGGACGGGACCGUCAAGACGUUCAGCCUGGAGAAGGGAGCCUUCACCGAGGCGCGACGCUGCGGCGACCCGGCCGAGGACGGCUCCUUCGUCGGGCUGGCCGUGCUGGACGGCGGCGCGGCCCUGGUGACGUGCGCCGAGGGCGGCCUGCUUCGCGUCUGGAGGGACGAGAGCGGCGAGCCCUCCGCGGAGAUCCGCGUGGGAAGCGACGUGGCCCGCAUGAGGCAGAACCCGGAGCACCGGCACAAGGUGGCGACCGGCGGAAAGGACAAUUGUCUCAAGGUGUGGGACCUGGAGAAACCCGACCAGCCCGUGUUCACCGCCAGGAACCUGCGGAACGACUGGCUGGAUCUACGGCGGCCGCACUGGGUCAAGGACACGGCCUUCAUACCGGGCUCCGACAAGGUGGUCACCUGCACGGGAUUCCACCAGGUCCACGUGUACGACCCCUCCACACCCCAGCGGCGCCCCGUCCUGGAGGCCACCUUCGGAGAGUACCCGCUGACGGCGUUGUCUCUCCCCGCCGCGGGGGGCUCAGUGGUGGUGGGCAACACGCACGGUCAGGUGGCCGUGCUGGACUUGCGGAAAGGCCUGGUGCGGGGGUGCUUCAAGGGCCUGUCCGGGGGCGUGCGGAGCCUGCAGUGCCACGCCGCGCAGCCCGUGGUGGCGUCCUGCGGCCUGGACCGCUUCCUGCGCAUCCACAGCCUGGAGGACCGGCGGCUGCAGCAUAAGGUUUACCUCAAAUCCCGACUCAACUGCCUGCUGCUCGCCAGCCGAAGCCUGGAGGAGCCCCGGGGGGACGGCGGCCACGAGGUGAAGGAGGAGGAGGGCGACGACGACGUGGACGAGGUGUGGGAUGGCAUGGAGCGUGUGGGGGAGCGAGAGGAGAAUCGCAAGAGGAAAACGUCGGCGGAGGUAGAGGAGAUGAACGUGAAGAGGAAAGCACGAGGAGUGGAGGAAGGAGAGAAAACAUCCAAAGAGCAAGACGAUUCAGAGAGGGAAGCACCGGCAGAGGAGAUGAGAGAGAAAAUAUCUGAGGAUCAAGAGGAGAAUCCCAAGAAAGAAACACCAGACGAGGAAGAGGAACAGCUGCAGAAGAACACGAAGAAGAGGAGGAAAGCUCAAGCCUGAGAGGCGUUCGGGUUGCGACCGAGUGUGGGACUUUUCACGUCUUAGCUCCUCGGACUGAGAGACCGAUGACACGGGCGAGCGUUGCUUGGAGGGAUUUGCAUAGUUUUGUCAUUUUAUCACAGCCAUUAAAAUGUCAUUUUGUUGUCGUUGUCUA